CAACUCUGACAGUUAGUGGCUUCAUUUUGUAGGGUGAGGUGUAAAUUGUGUUUUUUGGAUUAUUUUGAUAUCGUUAUCAAUUUUACAAUGCUGAAAUAGUGUUAAACUCUUGAAAGUGCUCAAAUAUGUGUCGUUGUAGUGAUUCAUUCAAUAAUAGUUUGUAUGAAGUGUAGUGUCCAACAUGUUUCGAUGUAUACCUUUGUUCAAAUGUAAUCGCCAAGUGGAAUGUGUAGACAAGCGGCAUUGCUCGUUGCCAACAAUACCCGAAGACAUUUUACGAUAUUCCAGGAGUUUAGAGGAACUCUUUUUGGAUGCCAACCAUAUACGAGAUUUGCCGAAGAAUUUCUUCAGACUUCAUAGACUAAGAAGACUAGGUCUCAGUGACAAUGAAAUCCAUAAACUUCCAGCUGACAUUCAGAAUUUUGAAAACCUAGUUGAACUAGAUGUAUCUCGAAAUGACAUUCCCGAUAUCCCUGAGGAUAUCAAGAAGCUGCGGGCGCUGCAGAUCGCAGACUUUAGCAGCAACCCGAUCCCGCGGCUGCCGGCUGGAUUCAGCCAGCUGCGAGCGCUCACCGUCCUCGGCCUCAAUGACAUGUCGCUCACCAGCUUGCCCAGCGACUUUGGCAGUUUGGUCUCACUCCAAUCACUUGAGCUGAGAGAAAAUCUACUAAAAUCGUUGCCGGAGUCGCUGAAAAAUCUGACCAGAUUACAAAGGCUGGAUCUUGGUGAUAAUGACAUCGAAGAACUGCCGGGUUUCAUCGGAGAGCUGCCCGCCCUGGAAGAAUUGUGGUUGGACCACAACAAACUCCAGUAUUUGCCACCAGAAAUCGGCAACCUGAAGGCACUAAUAUGUCUAGAUGUGAGUGAGAACAAACUAGAGAAAAUUCCUGAAGAAAUUGGAGGCCUGUCUUCCUUAACAGACUUACAUCUUUCACAAAAUAUGCUGGAAACUGUACCUGAUGGUAUCGGCGAUUUAUCCAAGUUAGCUAUACUGAAGUUGGACCAAAAUAGAUUACAUACAUUAAACGAAAAUGUAGGAAGGUGUACAAAUCUACAAGAGCUUAUAUUAACGGAGAAUUUUUUAAUGGAGCUGCCUAAGUCUAUAGGGAAUCUCAAUGAGCUGACUGUACUGAAUGUAGAUAGGAAUACCUUGGCUGAGAUACCGUUAGAGAUCGGUAACAUGACUUUACUGGGUGUAUUGUGCCUGAGAGAUAACAAAUUAACGAAAUUACCGAAUGAGCUGGGAAAUUGUAAAUCGCUACAUGUGUUGGAUGUAAGCGGCAAUAGGUUACAGUACUUACCAUAUACGUUAGUGAACCUGGAGCUCAAAGCGGUUUGGUUAUCGGAGAACCAGGCGCAGCCACUGCUCACCUUCCAAACGGACAGGGAUGAGACCACGGGAGAAAAUGUUCUGACUUGCUUUUUGCUACCUCAGCUUAGUUAUACCCAACAACCAGAGCUGGAACACACGUCAGAGGUCGGCAGUGGACACUGGUUCAGGGAUCACAGAUUUAAUUCACAAUCGCAAGAGCUAGAUAGAAGAGAAUCGAGCGUAUCUCGCGACCGGGACUCGGACGACGAGAAUUGGGAACAGAAAGAGAACUCAAGAACACACUCCGUCAAGUUCACUGAAGAAAUGCAUGAAGUCAAAGAGACUCCAUUUGUCCGACAAAAUACACCUCACCCGAAGGAUUUGAAGGCGAAGGCACAGAAACUGUUGGCGGGACGGUCGCCAGAGGUCGCGGCUCUUCAAGCGGCGAAACAGGAGCAACCGACAACCAACGGCAUAUCGAUGUCACCACCCGAACACGUUAUUGGGCCGGCUGAAACUGAACCGGAACAUACAACGCAAGCAGCGCCCGAACUGACGAAAGAGGAGGACAGCGACACCCAGACGGCAGCCGAUCGAGAGUCGUCUGAGGGUGAAAACGACGAGAACGAGGACUCUGACGAACUGGAGCGCCCGCGGCGGGUGGCGUGGCGCGCCACGGUGGAGGACCGCGGCGCCCCCGUGCAGGCGGGCCGGCUGCACCGCCGCGACACUCCCCACCACCUCAAGAACAAACGCGUCAAUCAGAUCGACGCACGACGCGCACGAGACCUUAUCGCGCAGGCAAUUAAAAAACGAGAACAGCAAGAGGAACCGAAGACUGAUGAUGAAGAGACAGCUGAAGACGCCCAUGAUGGUGAAUCUGUUUCGGAGCGAGCAGAGAGCGAAGCGCGGGUAGUGAACGACCAGCGAUGUAUCGAGGUCCGUAUAGCGCGCACUGCCGGCGGGCUCGGGCUCAGCAUAGCUGGAGGAAGAGGCUCCACACCUUACGUCGGUGACGAUGACGGCAUCUUCAUAUCCCGAGUCACACCAAACGGACCAGCCUACAAUGCUGGACUUAGAGUCGGCGACAAGGUGCUCUCGGUGAACGGUACGUCUGUCGUAGAAGUGGAUCAUUAUUAUGCAGUGGAAGUACUUAAAGCGAGCGGGCCCACGCUCACACUUGUCGUGACCAGAGAUUCACCCAAUUCGACCAGAACCCACAGCCGAGCGCCGAGCGGAGCGAGCCAUCAUUCCAUAUCUAGCACUACCGAUACAGUAUCUACUCUGGAGAAUGGACAGGUCCCGACAGGUCGCGGUAUACCCAACAAGCCGCUUAUCAUCAGCAAUCAGUACGCGCAGGAGUUUGAGCCGGAGUACAAAGAGCAGGUGGUGAACCAAACAGUGCCGACUGUGGUGCCCCCUGUGACGAGUUACAGUCCGUCUCCUACGGGGCAAGUCACUGCGGAGACCUACCAACGACUGCAGGCAUCGCCUCCACCCGCCACUGAGCCGUACAUACCACCCGUGUAUCAACAAAAGGUGCUAGUCCAUACAACACUGAUCCGCGACGGCGCGGGUCUCGGGUUCAGUAUAGCCGGUGGCAAGGGUUCCCCGCCGUACCGAGAUGACAGCGACGCCAUAUACAUCUCACGGAUCUCCCCGCAAGGUGCUGCCGCUAAGGACGGCAAGAUGAUGGUCGGAGAUAAAGUUGUUUCCAUAAACGGCGUAGAUAUGGAGAGCGCUCCUCACGAAGCAGCCGUAUCCCUUCUCACCGGCCACGAGAGAUUUGUUAGGCUCGUUCUACAGCGAACGAUUACUACGGAACAAGGCGAGUUCGUCCCGCGGAAGUCGACAUCAGAAGAAGUGAGAGAACAUAAGUCCAGCCUGCAGAAUGUGAACAUCAUUCCGACACAGAAACCCACCACGAACCACGUUAGCGCACCUUUGAACCACACCGGCACACAAAACACGCGCGCCACCACCCCGGCCGCCGCACCACCGCACACCGGCCCCACCGCACACAUCGCACACACCGGCCACACCACGCCCACGGGCCCCACCGGCCACACCACGCCCACGGGCCCCGCGGCCCCCAUGGGCCACGCCACUCCCAUAGGCCACGCGGCCCCGUCACCUCAGCCGCCACUACAGAAGCAGGCCACAUUCGCACCCACUUCAGUCCCACCGCAACCUGCACCGCGAAAACUGAGUCAACCGAACGGACAGGCCAAACCGACAACUAACAGUACGAGCACGCCCCUAACUCCCGGCGCCAAUAACGUGCACGGAUCUAACGACGAUGUCUUCGACGAUAUACAGCCGUCGCGGCCGAUUACCAACGAGGAGUUCCAAGCGAUGAUCCCGGCGCACUUCCUGGGCGGGGCGCGGCCGGCGGGCGCCGCCAGCGCGCCGCCCGAGCGCGGCGUGCGGGUGACGGUGGAGCGCGCGCCGCCCGUGGUGCUGCCGCCGCCGCCCGCCGCGCUCGGCCGCGUCACCGAGACCAUCACCAAGUCCACCUUCACCGAGACCACCGUCACGCGCAUCACCGACAACCAACUCGUCGCGCCGCUCAUCAUCGAAGAUGUCAUCUUAGUCAAAGAAGGAGGAUCUCUUGGAUUCAGUAUUAUUGGCGGCACUGACCACUCGUGUGUGCCAUUCGGUGGUAAAGAACCGGGAAUAUUUAUUUCACACGUGGUACCCGGUGGAGUAGCGGCUCGUUCAGGCAAGUUGCGUAUGGGUGAUCGACUGCUGAAGGUUAACGGCGUAGAGCUCACAGGAGCGACGCACCGCGACGCCGUGCAACUGUUACUGCAACCCGGCGCUACACUCACGCUCACUGUACGACACGACCCUCUGCCCAAUGGAUUCCAGGGUCUCAUACAAGUUGAGAUUGUUGACGCAACUGACCUAACCAUAAUCAAACAAGAAGGUGAGAAGCUAGGAAUGCACAUAAAGGGCGGUCUGAACGGUCAGCGUGGCAACCCUAACGAUCCAAACGACGAGGGAGUCUUCAUAUCGAAGAUAAAUAGCGGUGGAGCCGCGAGGAGAGACGGCAGACUGAAGGUUGGGAUGCGUCUGUUAGAAGUGAACGGUGUAUCACUGCUGGGCGCGACUCACAACGAAGCGGUGAAUGCGCUGCGCUCAGCUACCAACGCGCCUCUACAUCUCGUCGUGUGCUAUGGAUACACUAGGCCGGAGAAGAUCACUACUGGUAGCGAGAGCGGGACGGCAGACACGGGCGGCUCUCUGUCGCACUCAACGUCAAGCCUGGACAGAGACGAACCGUUGCACCAACAUCAACCGGAGCAACAGUUCCAACAGGACCUUGUUGAGUUUGAACAUGAGAAACAAGUCGCAGAAAUGAGGGAAAAGUCUACACCUGAGAAGGUGUUAGACAUAGUCCACGCCGUAGAGAGCAUGGCUCUCGAGCCCGCACCUCCGAUAUCUCCAGAACUGCAACACAAGACGACCACCGUCGUUAUGUCCAAACACACACUUCAACCUCAGUCGUCUAGUUCGCAAGCGGCGCCCCCCUCGCCGCUCGCGGUGUUUACGCAGCAGAAGGUUCGGACGCCGCCCCCCUCCGCCCAGCCUCCCCCCGGCGGGCCCCCGGCGAGCCCGGCCAGCCCGGUCAGCCCGGGGCCCGCGCGCCUGCAGCGCCCCACCAGACCACCACCCGCGCCCCCUGCGCCUCCCGCCACACAAAAGCCUCAAGUGCCUCGCAAACCACAAACGAAGCGAGUUAGUUUCACACAAGAACCGAUGGAUGAACCUGAAUACUUCUUGUCGACGAACGAUACGAAUACGAUUUUCCGACCCUCAUUGCAUGACGUGCAUGAUGACGAACAAGCGGGGCCCAUGACCAUUGACACUAACGAUGCAUGCGAGGGGUUCAGCUCUUUACUAAUCCGAAACCAAACGUCCACCGAAUUGGAAGUCUCGAGACCGGUCCCUAAAGCGAGUCGAGUACUUCACGCCGAUCUCAUCAUCCCUCCUCCGCCUUUGUUCGACACUUACGUAAGUGAUAGUGAAUUAGUUGACGAUGAGGAUAACGAGGCAAUCCUGCCACCUAUCACUGUUAUUCCCGAGCGGAUUGUGCUGCCGGAACCUGCGGUGGCCGAAACAUCCAUGCAGUCCUCAAAUUCUACAAAUUCACCCGAAACCGAAGUUCCUCCUCCUGUAAAUUACACCGCGUUUCCACUUUUAGUAUCCGAGCAGGUCGUCACGGACACGCCGGUCCGCUCAGUUAUAGUGUCAGCAGUGCCUGCAAACCAAGUCUUCCGUACUCCAGAUUAUACUGUAUCAGAGCCUGAGUUUUAUAAAGAACUUUCUGUCAGUCCCAUUGGAGAACCUGACCCCCCCGCGUUGCUACACGCUCAGUACAAAACUCUCCCUACAGUGUCACAUGUCCCUAAUUCUCCAUGUAAUUUACAUCCUGAGCAAACUUAUGUUGAUCAGCGACCACUGUAUGUACCGAUGCACCGUUCAUUACGUGACCUGAGGGCAGACAAUAUUUCACCGGGUAUGGUUCAUUCUAACACUUACCCUCCAAUCAAUCCCUACCCAUCUCUAACGACUGUCGCUGGAACGUACAAUCCAUACACUUGCACAGUUCCCGUAUGUUCUUCCAAUCAAAUUGGCAAUACAAGUCAUAAAUCACAGACCGCUCUAGUCAGUACCUUAGGACAAGACAUAAAUGCAAAUAUCACUUCAUCUGUCCCCACUAAUUACGAUGAUCCGCCUAAAAGUGUUCAAUCAGAGAGAAGAGUUCGUUUCGGUGAGGUGACCACAGUGCCCGAAACCGAUAGAAUGUCGAACAGUUCGGAUCCCUUGAGGGAAGGGAGCCCCACGCCCGCAUCCGCCUUGAAACCCGCAUGGAGCAGCAAAAUCAAAUCCUUCGCCAUCGGCGAGGUAAACAUCAAUGCUUCCCCACCUCAUUCUGGUAAUUUUGUGAAAGCCUCUGUCAGCGAUAAGAAGAAGUUCUUCGAAAAUGCUAUGGAAGAAAGUCACAAACCUUCGCCCAAGCCAGAGAAAGUUUUCACAUUCCUAUCAGCGGAUGAGGUGGAGAAAUUGAAGCAAGAAGAGGAAAGGAAGAUGGCCUCUCUGUCGCGAUCAGAGCUCGGCUCGUGGUCCCCAGGGGAGGACCGACAGAGUGGAUAUAGCUCGCAUUCCGACGACGAACCUUACGAGAAUGGCCAUAGUGUGUCUGGAGGCGUGAGUCCGUCAGCGAAAUCACAAAGACGGCGCGCUGCCCGCGACGGUGAAGUUGAGGACGCAGCUACACGCGCUGCAAGGCGAGCUGCGUGGCGCGCCGCCCGACUACGAUCACUCGAACAGGAGGCCCUCGAAUCACAGAAAGUAAUAAAAAGCAUGGUGGGGCCGGCGAGUGAUAUUCUAGAAGAUCCUCCGAGGGAAAACUCGUCCAAUGAGAAAUGGCCCCUGCCACGUAUCGCGUUACGUACAAAACCCGGCCCUAUACUGGCCGUCAAGGAGAAAGAAAAGUUGUUAGACGAGCGCAUUACUCUCCGCACCGAGGAGUUCGUGUGCCCCGCAACCGGCGAGACUAAAGUGCGAACCGUCGAGUACAUUGAGAAAGUCAUUGAGAAAGAGGUGGAAACGACGCAAGAAAAGAUAAUUUCUCUGGAAUUAACAACUAGCCCGAGUAGUGAAACAGCUCCUACCGACCUGGAAGAGGCCGGUAUCAGCUUAGGAGAGGCGGACAUGGAAGGCGGCGACAACUCGCUGCAGCCCGACAUCGUGCAGGUGGUGAACCCCUUGCUGGACGGCGGCGCGGGCCGCGUCACCGCCAUCCCCGUGGGGCCCACCCACCGCGUCACCGCCUACACAGAACAACCUCAGUAGACACACUCACUCUAGAUCUCUAUCCUACCACGCCUCAAUCUCCGCUCCCUUACCUACCUGAAGAAACUAUCCCAUGACAACAUAUCGGCUAGAUCCACACCUCUAAUAGACACGACUCGACCCAAGUCGAGCAUCGAACUCGAUUGUAGAUUUCUUCAACGAAACGAACGUUUGUGAAACGAGUUUCCAUCUUAAUUUUGUAUUGUAACUGUGAUAAUAAAUUUAGAUUCCACCGACUUGUUAUGUUACUUAAAGGCGCUUGAAGAAAUCCACUAGCGAGGUACGUUUUGUGGCAUUUUAUCACAAUUUUUAUUUUUUUAUUUUAGUUUUGCGACGGAGAUUUUAGAAUAAUUAUAGGUGUUACUAUAUAUUUUUGGAAAUAUUAAUAGUUAUUAUUCUUUGGAUACUUUACGUAUUUAAUUUUAAAUGAUUUUCAUUCCGUGCAAGUCUUGUGACUGAAUGUUGAUGCUGUACCUGCUGAGGAAUGUGACUGGUUGCUCGAUCGGACUGUGAAUGUAGGCGAGUGUAAGAUAGUAAACGUGUACAUACCAUCAACAACACGCAGUGGAAUGCGACGCAAGUGUACCACAGUGGCAUCACAUUUGGCGAUAUAACAUAAUUAUAUCACCUGUACUUGCAUUAUACAAUUACUUAUUUUAUUUGCGCAUUGUUGUUUCGUUCAGUAUUUUGUGUUUGAUGAUGUAUUAAUAUUUUAAUUUAAUGUAAUAUUAUAAUAAUUUAAUUAUUUUAUGUGGUGCCUUGAUUUCAUUGAAUCAAUUUUAUAUAAUUAUAAUAUGAUUUUAUUUUUCAGACUUCAUAAUGUUUUAAUUUUAUUAUUCUUGUAAUUUUGUUUUUGAAAUUUUACAUUAAGUUAGAAUACAAUGAUUUUAUCCUACAGAACGUGAUGAACGCAUUUGCAUCAGUUUGACGGUAGAGUUUAUGAUUAAGUUAGUAUUGCUGUAAAUGUCCCGAUGUUACUACAAAGUGUACAUUUCCGGCUGUAUGAAAUGUAUUAUUUGAGUUUAUAUGGAGAAAAUUAUGUAUCACGGUAAAUAAAAUGGAAGAGUUGAAUGGAAGAAUGUGUGUCCUUUAUACCUUUCUAGUGAUAUGUGCAUUGUAAACUAUUGAAAACAUUGUAUGUUUGUCCCAAUUAAAUGUUUUAAUAUAUAUUUUAAUAAAAUUA